AUGGCAGGUUCAAAGCCACUUGGUAAGAUUGCCAUCGUUGGUGGUGGCAUCAGUGGUGUCACUCUUGCAAUCGCUCUUCUCGAACGUGGACUCGAAGUCAAUGUCUUCGAACAAGCCGCCCAUUUUGGCGAGAUUGGAGCGGGUGUAGCAUUCAACCCCGCCGCUGCUAGAGCCAUGAAGAUCUGUUCGCAGAACGUCUAUGAUGCGUUCGAGAAAGUGGUAACCAAAAAUCAGAGCGAGGACAAGCAAUCAAUAUGGUUCGAUUGGGUGGACGGCCAUAACGAUACCGAAGUUGGAAAGGAGGAGUAUGCUUUCAGCAUUGGCAAUGAGUCCGGAGCCAACGCUGUCCACCGAGCACAUUUCUUGGAUGAACUGGUUAAACAUGUACCUGAGGGAGUCACACAUUUCGGAAAGCAUCUGGACACUAUCGAGGAGCUUGAAGACGGAAAGUUGCAGCUGAAGUUCCAUGAUGGGACGGAUGUUACAGCAGAUGCAGUCAUCGGAUGUGAUGGCAUCAAGUCCAAGGUGCGAACUUGGAUGAUGGGUCCUGACAGCCCGUGCAGUCCACCAGUCUACACGCAUAAGUACGCCUACCGCGGUUUGAUCCCUAUGGAAAAAGCGAGAAAGGAGCUCGGUGAUGAUUUAGCACAGAACGCCAAGAUGCACAUGGGUCAAGAUGGCCAUGUUUUGACGUUCCCAGUCAACAAAGGAGCAACCAUGAACGUUGUUGCUUUCAAGGUCGAUCCUGGCGAAUGGCCAUCGAGUACCAAGCUCACCUUACCAUCAGAAAAAUCGCAUGUCUUCAAAGACUUCAAAGAUUUUGGUGCGACCGUCCACAAGAUCAUCGACAUGCUGGAACCUAAUCUCGACUGUUGGGCCAUAUACGACACUGGAGACCAUCCUAUGCCGUACUACAACAAAGGUCGGGUCGUAGUUCUUGGUGACGCUGGUCAUGCCACCUCUCCGCAUCACGGAACAUCUACUGACUGCUUCUUCUUUGUUANNGGUGCUGGUGCCGGUAUGUGCAUCGAAGACGCGGCAGUCAUGGUUGAACUUCUAAACGACCCAAGAGUUGCUGAAGCCGGCCACAAAGGUUUCGCUGCUGCCUUCAAAGCCUACAGCGAGCAACGACUGGAGAGAACACAAUGGCUGGUCCAGAGUUCGAGACGAUCGGGAGAUCUCUACGAGUGGAGAGCGGAAGGCGUUGGUAGAGAUUUCAAGAAGAUUGAAGAAGAGUGUCGCGAGCGAGACGAGAAGCUGUGGAAUGGUCAGGUCAAGGACUACAUUGAGGAGGCCAAGACCUUGUUAGGCAAAUACCUCAAGCAGUAG